CUGGAAGUUUCGUUAGUAGCAAAUCAGUUUGUACCGACAACUUGUUGUCUAAACAUCUAGUUUCAAAGUCAUACCAAAAAUAGAAUCGACGGCUUUUGUGUAGCGAUUCGAAAAAUUGUGCGAUCGUUUUUUUUUGUUUCAUUAACAAAGUAUCGAUCGUAACCCAGGGCUUUGCUGUGUGUGCGUGUACUUUUAUAUACGUAGGAUACUGUGUGUAUAGCCGGGAUUCCUUGCGUUUGGAGAAAGGAUAAUGUGCAAAGGAUAUCGAACAGCAGCUUUAGUUAUGCUACAGCUUCGGAACGGUGAGCAGUGCUUCCGUUGAAAUUGUGCUUCGAGCUAGCAAAUAAAACAUUAUACAAAAGGACAAAAGGUUAUCAGUUGUUGGCAGACAAGUGUGUGAUACUUUGUGAAUGAACUUUAGUACCGUACCAGCGGUUUAGUUAUCAACUUGUGGCCUAAUUGUUUUGGCAGAAGUUCUAAGAUGUCUAUUAAUUCGUCGUCAUCCAGCUGCAGUGAUAUCAGUAUUGAGGAGUUAAAAGCUAGAUCACCAGAUUUUCCAACGGAAAUCCUAGCAUCAAUCAAACUUGAACCACGAUCGACGGUGUCGCCUAUUUUAACCCCUCCUCAUACGCCAACCGAGGACAGUAUUAGUGCAGUGUCUGUCGGGAUUACAUCUCGACACUAUUUCGACAUGGAGCAAAACCGGUCUCCCUCACAGCACCAUCACAUGCCGCACCCUCUUCAUCACCAUCACCAUCAUCCGCAACAUCCCCACCAGGAAAUCCCGAGUACCUUCAUUUCGCAACAAACCAACGGACAAUCGCACACGAUGGAAGCUUUCCUCUACCACCAGCAGCAACAACAGCAACAACAACAGCACCAACAACAACAACAGCAACAGCAGCAACAUCAACAGGCACAACAGCACCGCCUAUGGCUCCAAACACAAGCAGCGGCCGCCGCUCAACAGCACCUCCACCGAACCGGUUAUCCUUUGCCCGGUUACGCCCAGCUUCCUGCUGUUGCGGCUCACCACUCGCACGCUCUGAUGCAGCAGUGGAUUCGUAAUGCUGCCAUCUAUCAGCAGCACUUCCAGCACCAAGGUUACCCGGCGGACCUCACCCGCAUCCCGAGUCUCGGGCGGCCCGUCAACCCGCUGGGACCAAUGAAAGUCACUGGUAGUGGCAGCUCUCGUCCCAAGAAGCAAUUCAUCUGCAAGUUCUGUCAUCGCCACUUUACGAAGUCCUACAAUUUGCUGAUCCACGAGCGUACCCACACCGACGAACGACCGUAUUCAUGUGAUAUAUGCGGUAAGGCUUUCCGUCGGCAGGAUCAUCUCCGAGACCACCGAUACAUUCACUCCAAAGAAAAACCUUUCAAGUGCUCCGACUGCGGGAAAGGGUUCUGUCAGUCACGGACCCUCGCAGUGCACAAAGUAACGCACUUGGAAGAAGCUCCUCACAAGUGUACUAUCUGCAAUAAGACCUUCAAUCAGCGUGCCAAUCUCAAGACGCAUAUGCAAAGCCACGAACCGGUGCUGGAUCUGUCGCAAAAAUCCACCUCUUCUACUCCAGAGAAGGAAAUCAUCGUCGACGAAGACAUUGAUGAUGACGAAGAAGAUGGAAUUGAUCUGCACGGAACACCAAUCCACGUUACGCUACCCAAGAAGUCACUCGGGUUUUCUAUCGACGAAAUUAUGCAGCGGUAAUUUGGGCCCAUAGAACGGCCCGUUUGUUCCAUCUUCACGCAGAGAUGUUCCUUAGUUUAGUCAGUGAUCACGCGGGUGAGGAGAUGAUGCAGCAAGGCAGGUAGAGGCGUACGCGCGGAAACAGUUGAUUCCUUUGUUUGUUGAUUUUGUAUUAGUUAUUUUAAUCACAGAAUAUGUCAUUUAUGCAUUGUUUGUUACGGCAUUAGCUGAAACUGGGAAAGGCACAAGAAUGGGGUUCCAAAGCGGAUGAAAGAUAAUAGGCCGAGGAGAGCAAGUAAUUUAUAUGACCUAGAAGUGGGAAAAGGUUCGACAAAAACAGCCAAAGAUAAGAGAAAUUGCUUGGUUUUUAUCCCCGCAAUAACAGUACACUGCUCAUACCGUUUACCGGCAUGUGCUAUUCAAUUUGCUAGCCGGCCCAUCGAAGCCAACGAACAUUUCUUUAAAGACUGAUAUUGCUUUUAUUUAUGAAUGCGCAUAUUAAGUUAGAGGUACGCUCAGAAUCGUAUGGAAGCAGAGACACACAAACAUUACAAAAAACACUGUUCAACCAAAUCUUUAGCUGAUGGAAUCGUUAUGACUCACAAGUAGCUGUUAAUGGAAAGUAUUGUAAACUGAUCUCAGCCAAAACUUAAUUAUUGUUUAAGCAACAUUUGUACAGAGUAGAUGUUAAGUGAUGAAAUAUAUUUUAUGUUGUAAACUUAAGACCCGUCAAGACGUAAAUUAUUACUACUACAGAUAUGUACCUAAAUAA